AAUUAAACGAAGAUUAAUAAAGAGUAGCGUCAGUCCGUCCAUCCCACCUGUUACCUUCUUCUUCCUUUCCUUCAUUUCCAGUCUCAGAUCUCACAAUCCCUUCCUUCAUCAGUUCUUCCUUCCUUCAACAAGAAUUCAUUCCAACAAACCCAGAAAUUCAAAUCAAAUCAAAUCCAAAUCCAAACCCUAAUCCAGAAAUGGAUCUUCAACCAGAAGAACUUCAAUUCCUAACCCUAACCGACAUACUCAAAGAAUCAAUUUCAAUCCCUAAACUUUCACCUCGUACAUUCUAUCUAAUCACCCUUUCAUUGAUCUUCCCUCUUUCAUUCGCAAUUUUAGCCCACUCUUUAUUCACUCAUCCUCUUCUUGCUCGUCUUCAAGAUCCUUCUACACCUCUUAAUUCUCAAUCCCAUCGAUGGUUUCUUCUUCUUCUUUUCCAGUUUUUCUACCUCCUUUUUCUUUUCACUUUUUCUCUUCUUUCUACUGCUGCUGUUGUUUUUACCGUCGCUUCUCUUUACACUUCUAAACCCGUUAGUUUUUCUUCCACCAUUGCUGCUAUUCCUUCUGUUUUUCGUCGUCUUUUUAAUACCUUUUUGUGGGUUUCUCUUCUUAUGCUUGUUUAUAAUCUCGCUUUUAUUAUUCUCCUUGUUCUUAUCAUUAUUGCUGUUGAUACCAACAGUACUUUCCUUCUCUUCUUCUCUCUUCUAAUUGCCUUUGGUCUUUUCCUCUUUGUGCAUGUUUAUAUCACGGCUCUUUGGCAUCUUGCCAGUGUGAUUUCUGUUCUUGAGCCUGUUUAUGGCUUUCAAGCUAUGAAGAAGAGUUAUGAGCUUCUUAAAGGUAAAGUGUUGAUGGCUGGAGUCUUGGUUUUUGGGUAUUUGGCUAUCUGUGGUUUGAUUAAUGGUACUUUUGCUGCGGUUGUUGUUCAUGGGGAUUCUAAUACAUCCGUUUUUGUCCGAAUUUUGGUGGGUGGAUUCUUAGUUGGAGUUCUUGUGAUCGUUAAUUUGGUGGGUUUGUUGGUUCAAAGUGUGUUUUAUUAUGUUUGCAAGAGUUUUCAUCAUCAGGGGAUUGAUAAGACUGCUCUGCAUGAUCAUCUUGGUGGGUACCUCGGAGAAUAUGUGCCUCUCAAGAGCAACAUUCAAUUAGAGAGUCUGGAUAUCUGACACUAUAAUCAAGAAAAGAAGUUGUUUGUUGAAGUUAGAAGAUCGUUUUAAUCUGUUGUAAAAAAUGGGGAACACAAAGAGAGUGUGAUAGGUUAUAAAGAGCUGGAUUCUGCAUGUAAGUUUUAAUUUCUUUAUUUGCUUCCAAAUUUAUUUCUAUAAUAAAAUCUGAUGUCAUAAUCUUUGUUCUAGUCUUUAAGUUACUUGGAUGUCAAAAAUGUGAUUUUUCCCUCUUUUAGUUGAUUGUGGUAAUAUUAGCUUAUUAAUGAAUAAUUAGUAAUUAAUGAUAUUCUGAUUUAUAAUGAAUAUUGGAUUAAUUAUUAUAUGUGUCUGUUUGAUUC